AUGACUUUUUGCCUGGUGGCUAAAGGAUUUAUGUUGAAGGAUAUUGCUUUUCCAGUUGGAUUUGCUUGGGGUGCAGCUACAGCGGCAUAACAAAUUGAAGAAGGCUGGAAUGCAGAUGGAAAGGGCCCUAAUGUCUGGGACACAUUCACCCAUCAGGGAGGAGAUCGAGUUUUCAAGAGCCAGACUGGUGAUGUAGCUUGUGGCAGCUACACUCUGUGGGAGGAAGAUUUGAAAUGUAUCAAACAGCUUGGAUUGACUCAUUAUCGCUUUUCUCUUUCCUGGUCACGUCUGUUACCUGAUGGGACGACAGGUUUCAUCAACCAGAAAGGAGUCAAUUAUUACAGCAAAAUCAUUAGUAACCUGGAAAUGCCAUCCUGUUCCCUAUAUCACUUUGGCUUACCUCAGUCCUUAGAAGAUGAAAGUGACCGGAGAUCUGAAAAGAUCAUUGAGACCUUUGAUAUUCAUGUAAAGUAUUGCUUCAGAACAUUUGGAGACUCAGUGAUCACUAUUAAUGAUCCUUAUGUUGUUGCUAUAGGUGGUUAUGAAAUGUAUAGCCCCAGCAUUGAUAUCAGAGAUUACAAGGCAGUUUAUAAUGUGAUAAAAACUCACGCUAAAGCUUGAGACAGUCGCAUAUUUGGAUAAAACAAUGUGAACUUGUGUCUAUAACUUUGAACUUGGAUUAGUAGAACUUCUACAAAUUCUGUAGCAGACCGAAAAGCAACUGAAGGGUACCCGUCCUUUACCUUGGAUGGGUUUGUCAGGACAAUAUUUACUGAUGGUGAAUAUCCAGCCAUCAUGAAGUCCUGGAUUUCCGCAGUGUAUUCAAAGCAAGGUAACUUAUCAUCAAGGAUUCUGGAAUCCACUAAAGACAUAAAAAUCAGGAUCAUGGGUACUGAUGACUUCUUUACUCCGAACUCAGUAAGGCUUUCCUGGCAUGCAUCUACUCCUGGCAAUGGAACGUGUGGUGACUGCCAGUGCCAAGGGGACACAUGUAAUAACUCUAUAAUUUACAUCACUGAGAAUGGGUUUUCCCAAAGUGACCCUGCUCUACUUGAUGACAGUCAACGAUGGGAGUAUUUCAUGCUGAUUUUACAGGAAAUUUUAAAAGGUACCAUUUUAAAUGACGAGAGAUCAAUUGUGCAAACUUAAUAUAAUUUUUUUGGUGCUUAUUUGCAUUCAGCGAUGGCCAAUGAUUCUGGAAGCUCAAACUCAUGUAAAUCAGAAUGAACUGAUGUGAUUAGAAAAAAAAAAAAAAAACAACCACAAACUGUUUAGCUGAAAGAAAACCAAGUAAUUUUAAACUUGCUCCCUUGUCUAGGGGUGGAAACAGAUUAAAAGGUGCU